UCCGGCGUCCGGCGUCCCCUGAUGAUGCCGGUGGUGGCGCGCCGGAAGUGCGAGCCAUAGGCGGGUCUGCGAUGGCGGCCACCUCUGCGCGAUGGAACCAUGUGUGGGUCGGCACCGAGACUGGGAUUCUGAAAGGGGUGAACCUUCAGCGGAAACAUGCGACGAACUUCACGCCGUCUGGACAGCCGCGGCGUGAGGAGGCGGUGAAUGCUCUGUGCUGGGGUGGAGGUGACGAGACCCAGAUCUUGGUGGGCUGCGCGGACAGAACCGUGAGACACUUUAACACCGAGGAGGGUACAUUCCAGAGCCAGAGAUACUGCCCAGGCGGGGAGGGCACGUUCCGAGGUCUCGCCCAGGCCGAUGGCACCCUUAUCACAUGUGUGGAUUCUGGAAUCCUUAGAGUCUGGUGUGAUAAUGACAAGGAAGCAUCAUCUGACCCACUCUUGGAACUGAAGGUGGGUCCUGGAGUGUGUCGGAUGCGCCAAGACCCAGCACAUACCCAUGUGGUUGCCACGUGUGGGAAAGAGAAUGCUUUGAAAGUAUGGGACCUACAGAGGUCUGAGCAGCCUGUGUUCAGGGCCAAGAAUGUGCGGAAUGAUUGGCUGGAUCUACGGGUUCCUAUUUGGGACCAGGAUAUACAGUUCCUCCCUGGGUCACAGAAGCUUGUUACAUGCACAGGGUACCACCAGGUUCGUGUCUAUGAUCCAGUCUCUCCCCAGCGCCGGCCAGUCCUAGAGGCCACCUAUGGAGAGUACCCACUGACAGCUAUGACCCUUACUCCUGAGGGCAAUUCUGUCAUUGUAGGGAACACUCAUGGGCAGCUGGCAGAAAUUGAUUUGCGACAAGGGCGUCUGCUGGGCUGUCUGAAGGGGCUGGCAGGCAGUGUCCGGGGGCUGCAGUGCCACCCUUCCAAGCCCCUCUUAGCCUCCUGUGGCUUGGACAGAGUCUUGAGGAUACACAGGAUCCGAAAUCCACGUGGGCUAGAGCAUAAGGUUUAUCUCAAGUCUCAACUGAACUGCCUCCUCCUGUCAGGCAGGGAUAACUGGGAGGAUGAGCCCCAAGAGCCUCAAGAGCCCAACAUGGUACCCCCAGAAGACACAGAGACAGAUGAACUUUGGGCAUCUUUGGAGGCAGCUGCCAAGCGGAAGCGUCCUGAUUUGGAUCAGACACAAGGGACUCUCCAAACAAGAAGAAAGAAAAAGAAGCGGCCUGGAUCUACCAGUCCUUGAGGACCCUUGUUCAUUUUUGUUAAUAAACAGCCCAAACAGAGAUCCUGAACCUUUUGUGAUGGGAGAAAGGAGAGGUGGCUUGUGGGUGGGAGGGGUUCCCUUACCCAAGCCCUGACGUCACAAAAGCUGGGCCCAGAGCUAAGCAGGCUGGGGAGGGUGGCAGAGUCCUGCGCCUUUCGGGGCCAUGGGCUGCUGUCAGGACAAGGACCAUCAGACCUCUGAUGAGCAAGCAAAGGAAGAAGGGAACGAGGAAGGCAACGAAGUCGAUUUGGACAACAUAGGCCGCCGCAAACAAAGAUCUAACGAAAGUCUUCUGAUCACCGUGCUGUGGCGCAGGCUAUCCAUGUUCAGCCGUCGGGGCUCAUCACGGUCAAGCAAGAGGCUCUCAGAACAGACUCAAAAGCAGGACAGUCAGAUCCAGGAGCGUAAACGUGAGGGAAGCCACAAGGAACCAGAAAAGGGCUGACACCAGCCCCGUUUUCGUCCUCCCCAGCAUCCAGAGAAUAAAAUUAAUAUUGUGGAUCUGCCAAAAACA